AUGCUCAUAGAUAUCUCUGAGCUCAUUCGCAAACCUUCGAUAGCCUUAGCUAUCAUCGAGGAGGUCGUUGAUGAGGUGGGCAUUCGUAAUAGCAAGCUACCCGUGCCAAAGUGGGCUCUUCCGGAGCUCUGCGGUUCCACAAAGUCCAAACUCCCCGCAAACGGUGAAAUAACGCGAGAGAAGUCCAAAGAGAAGGACAACUCUGCGGACAACCUGGACGCCACUAACAGUGACGAAGUGAGGAACCGUGGUUAG